ACCCACACCUUGUCGACGGUCCAGAGGAACCGUUUGACUAUUUCAUAGUCAAAGAAGGGCACCGACGACGGUGUCUUGCUUAACCAUACAUAAUCGACGAUCGGAGAUUCUCUACGCCCAAAAUUCUUCCCUCUCGUGCUUCUAUCGGGUCUCUGCGAGCUCCGGCGGCGCGAUUGCUCUUCAUUUUUUUCGUUUUGUUGGGUCAGUGUAACAGGUUUUCACAGUUUCUGUACAAAUCCUGUGGGGGUAACUUGGAUAUAUGGCAACUAGGAGGCAGGUUCGUUAUAGCCCUCUAUCUAUUGAUGAUGAUGAUGAUGAUAGCGGGAAAGCAUUUGACCCUCGAUUCGACUACUCGCCCAGAGCCCUUGAUAAAAUCCCUUGGAAAUCCAUUGCCCUUGCGCUCUUUCUGCUUGCCCUUGGAUCUACGCUUCUCAUUCUGGCCUUCUUCAUAUUCACUGGUCACAUGAGAGGAGAAACAUCCCAGGCUUAUGGUCUCUUGGCCCUUGGAUUUCUUGCAUUCCUUCCAGGGUUUUACGAGACUCGGAUAGCAUACUACUCAUGGAGAGGAGCCAACGGAUAUCGCUUUGCUUCCAUUCCUGACUACUAGUCCUAUACAUAUGUUGUUUCUCAUGAUAAUAUUGCCUUUUGAGCUUGUGGUUGCUGCUUCAAACAGUGUCAUAGAAUCCUUUUUUUGAUUCAGGAUAUUCAACUGUUAUUUGUUUUGUUGUUAUCUCAAUCUUGAGCUUGUAUAAUAGUGGUCUCUUAUUCAAAUA